UCACCUGCUUAAUUGUAAAUAUAAUAGCACGUAUAUUUUCGCACGCCGUUGAUUAGCAACAAAAUAAACAAGUUAGAAACGGAAUUGUUUAUCUGAAUUCAACCUGCAUAGAUUUUUAUUUUAUCCACAUAAAACCUACAUAAAGUAAUGGCAGCGCCUCAACCCACUAGUAUGACCAGGGCAAAGGAGUGGAGUCCUGAGGCAGAGGAAGCCUGGAGAUUUCAAGUGGCUGGAUACAGAGACGAAAUAGAGUACAAGAAUGUCAAACAAAAUGAGGUGGAACGGUGGCCACACAAUGGGUACGUCAAAAAGCUUCAAAGAAAAGAUGGAUGCUGGUAUUACUACAACAAAUCAAGAGAACUUCUCGAUAAAGACAUUCCAAAGUGCAAGCUUUUUGCCUACUAGAAAAGUGAUAGUGAAUAUAACAAAAUUCAAUUAAUCAUUAAAUAAUAUAAUGUAAUGUUUUAUUUUUUCAUAAUUUGUAUGUAAACGUUUGUGAACUUCUUUAAAAGAAAUAUUGUUUUUUGUGAAUAAACUGUAAGAAUGGAUGAACAAAAUUUCUGGACUUUUAGGAUAAUUGGUUGUAAAUUGUGUGUUAUUUAAGCAUGCAGGCAUUUGCCGUACUUUAAGGUCCCGUCUAGUAUUUUAAAAGUGAUAUUUUCUGGUCUUAGUGUAUAUAUGUUCAAUAUAUUUGUCACUUACAGUAACUGCUCACAAAAUUGUGUGUUUUAACAAAUGUCCACUUACCAAUAUCUCUUGCCAUAUUAUAAUUUAAAUAUUUUAAACUAACAAGUUUUUAAUGGUGCAAAUUAAAGGCACUUAAACAUACAGUUUACAUUUGCCUAACAAACAAAAAUAUGAACCCAUAUGAUUGUGAAAAACUUAUUUUAACAUACUCAUAUCAGAAAAAUACAAUAAAUUUUAAAUAGCUUAUAAAAAUAACCAAUAUUAAUGAAAAUGUAGUUUUACAGUGAAAAAGUAUAUUAUUAGUCCCCUAACGGGGAAACCGGAGGGGACUUAUGGUUUGCGCUCUGUGAGUCUGUCUGUCACCCUUUUCUGGAUCCUGCGAUAACUUUAAAAAGUUCUUCAUAUGUUUUCAUGAAACUUGAAACAUGGACAGAAUGGCAAUAUGGAGAUUAUGCACGUCAUUUCACUUUGUUCCUACGUCAAGAAUUCUGGUUGUUAUGGCAAAAAAUAGACUUGAAAUAUUGCAUUAAAUUAACCACAUGCUGUGCAUUGUUUAACCCUUUCCCAAUCAGAAGCACAAUGAAAAUGGCUAUAAGAAAACAGCAUAAAACCAGAACAGCCUGCGAGUAACUCGCAGUCUGUUCAGGUUUUAUGUUGUUUGCUUCUCAUCAGUAUCUAAGGGUUGGAAAUGAAGCCUUUAAAACUUUAAUCUAGUAAGAAAGGGUUAAUUUGACUUUCUAAGGGACUACAAAUUGUUCUUAAUACGUAUCUUCGUGGGAAAGGGUUAAAACAGUAAUUGUCACGCUUUAAGCUCAAGCUUUGAUUAAAUAUACACAUAUUUCAUUCUUCAUCUAUUCAUUUAAUAUUUAUUCAGACCUUAUAUAGUGUACUUGAAUCAACAUUUUCCCUUCAUUUCAUUUAGUGCUUUCUCAAAUAGCACUGCCACAUUAUAUAUUUAUUUAAAACAAUUUUUGCACCCUUACUUGUAUUGUGUGUUAUGUUUUGAUAUGGAAAUUAACUAAAUGUCAAAUGUGAUGAUUUCCAUUUUUUGAUGUAUACAGAUGUGUGAUAUCAACUCACUAUUGUGUCUACUUUUGAUGCAAUUUACUGAAACUGCUUAUGUGAAUAAAUUUUGAGAUGUUA